AAGGUCACAUGUAGUUCAGCUGCUUGGAUAGCUAAUGUGGCCAAUGUCAUCACCUCCAGUUUGUGGUGUUUCUGGCUGCCAAAUGGCUCAGUUCUGGCAGAAAAAACCGUCUUUAGGGUUUUGGACACUGCCUUAUGUGGUUUGAAAAUCACAGUCCUCUUAAAGAAUUUUCUUCUCAAGACACAAUUUUUUAAGAGAGGCCAACACCAGUAGAUUUGUUUCUGUGGCAGACAUCAUACUCCUGUUUUGGCAAUGAUGCAUCAGGAAUCAAGGUGUAUAAAGGAAUGCAGUGUGACAACAAUUUUAUCACAUGCUGUUCGUGCGUGUUUAAAACAUUUCAAUAGUUUGUAGCCUCUAUUCUCGAUGCCUUUUUAAUGUUAAGGUCCUGGUACAGUAAGUUAAUUUACAUUUUGUUUGUUUGCUUUUAAUUUUAUUACAAUACCUAAAUAGUAUUUGUAAAAGUAUACUUAAUAUGGCUACAAUUUAAUAUAUGGGUAUUCUCUAAGAUUGUGACUACACAUGAAUUACAGACAUGUUCAAUGUAACAAAUUUACUUUGUGAUAUGUAAACUAGCCUUAUGCUAACUAGCAGAAUAAAGCAAAUGGGAACAUUCAAGUUUAAAUUCAUAAAACAUCCCUCAUAAAUAAAAUAACAUCCUGACAAAAUGUUGUAGAGAAAACAACCGGGUGCCCUGUUGGUCUAGGUGUUGAGACACUGACCCUGAAACAGUGCGACCAGGGAACUUUGCUGCAAGUCAUUCUCUCUUUGACCCCACCUUUCCUGUGAUCUCUACUGUCAAAUAUAAAGCAUAACAUAGAAAACCACUGCCACAUGCUGGUUUUAUAAUGCAGGGUUAUCCUUGUGUAGACUUUAGUGAUAAAUGUGAAUUAGUGAGCAAUAAUGAGUAAAGUUACAAACUGAUGUCACAUACCAAUUUAGUGCAUAUAUAUGGAAUCAUUUGUCCUUGGUCAUAAACUCUACACUGUGUAGCAAGAAGUGCAUCGCGGUACCAUUGACAACUUACAGACCACUAACUAUAUACAUUUAUGGCCAGGGGCAGUGCAGGAAAAUAAAGAGUGCCAUAUAGUCCAGGCAAACUAAACUGAAAUGCACAAGAGCUGGUGUACAGGGUCCCACACCAAAAGACAUAAGCUUGGUAAGAACACUAUCUCAGACCAGCAGUGCUGUUAAGACCAUCCUGGGAAAAAAGGAGUGCUGUCCCCACAAACCACCCCACACUCAUAGGGAGUAGUAUUUUAAGUCAGGUUGUGGUCCUAGGGAGUAGAAUAUAAAAGUUUGGGUUUUUCAUGGACCACAAGCAUAUUUUAUGCCAUGCAUUGAAAAGGAUAGAAAUGCUUCAAAAUAACUGAUCAUGUAGCCUACACUUCAUUUCACUUUAUCAUUUCCUUGGAGAAAACUAAGAAUAAUUUUGGUCUUACCAUAAUGACAACAUCAUGUGUACCUAUAUUUCUGUAUUUCCUAGCUGCUGCAGGAAUGACAGGUCCUCCAGGUCCUCCAGGUGAGCCAGGACCAAUGGGACCACCUGGACCUCCUGGAGAGAGUGGUGUUGGAUAUACUGGACCACAAGGCCCAUCAGGACCUCGUGGACCACCUGGCUAUUCUCAACCAGGUAAACCUGGGACACCGGGUAGCCCCGGAAAGCCAGGAAGCCCUGGCCACCCUGGAGAGAGAGGUGCAUCUGGCGCAACUGGGCCAAUGGGUCCCAGAGGUGCGCCUGGUACACCUGGAACACCUGGACCUUCUGGACUCUCUUCUGUUGGAAAACCUGGACCAGCUGGCAUCCCUGGAGCAAUGGGACCAAGAGGAGAACCUGGUAUUAAGGGACAUCCUGGUAUUCCUGGUAUUCCUGGCCCCAAAGGAGAGAGAGGCAUUGGAGUUUCUGGGGCUCAAGGACCACCAGGCCCAGUUGGACCCAUGGGCCCAUCUGGUAUGCCUGGCAAACCUGGAGAUGGUAAACCUGGCACCCCUGGCUAUCCUGGAGAGCCUGGAAAAACUGGCAUGCCAGGUAGAGAUGGUGCUCCUGGGCCAAUGGGCAUGCCAGGGCCAAAGGGUCACACUGGAGCUCCAGGCACAGGGGCACCAGGAAAACCAGGCCAGGAUGGUACUCCAGGUGUGCCUGGACCUAUGGGGCCUAAAGGGCCACAGGGUCCUGCUGGUCAGCCAGGCUCACCUGGCAUGCCAGGUACUGGCAAAACAGGUGAACCUGGAACACCAGGCAGCAGAGGAUCUCCCGGUACUCCAGGAACCACUGGUCAGAAAGGAGAGCCAGGCCCAACUGGUUAUACUGGUCAGCCAGGUGCUCCUGGUCCCAUUGGCCCAGCUGGUCCACAGGGUGCAAGAGGAUUCCAGGGUGAGCCAGGCCCAGUAGGACCCAAAGGUGACAUUGGUAUGGUAGGUGCACCAGGCCCAAGGGGAACCAAAGGUGACCAGGGAGCUCAGGGUUUCACUGGAAAACCUGGUUUCCCUGGGGCAGUAGGUCCUCCAGGAAUUCCAGGUCAUAAUGGUCCUCAGGGAACAAAGGGUGCACAGGGUCCUUCUGGUGCCCCAGGACUCCCAGGUGCAAAUGGUGCCACAGGACCAAAAGGACACCCAGGCCUCCAAGGAGCACCAGGAAAAGGUGGUGAAGAUGGAAGGCCAGGACCCAUGGGACCAAGUGGCCUCCCUGGCCCAUCAGGUCCCCCUGGACUUAAGGGCCAUCCGGGUCUUCCAGGUCCACCUGGCCCAGCUGGCCUGACAGCUAAGGGAAUUGCUGGUCCUCAGGGUCCACCUGGAGUUCCAGGUGCCAGAGGUCAUGAUGGUCUCCCAGGCUCUACUGGUCCUCCUGGCCCACCAGGCCCACCAGGAGAGGUCAUCUACCACCAUGAGAAGAGUAUGCCAAUCAAGUCCCAUGAAGUUGUGAUGCCUCAUGAGCUGAUGAAGGCCCCCAUGUCUGCCUUCAGUGCUGUGCUAACCAUGGCCUACCCCCCAGCUGCAACCCCUAUUCAAUUCAACCAAGUUCUGUACAAUGGAGAGAACCAUUAUGAUCCCCACAGUGGUGUGUUCACCUGUGAGAUCCCAGGCCUCUAUUAUUUCAGCUAUCAUAUUCAUGUAAAUGGUGCCAAUGCAUUGGUGGCCCUCUACAAAAAUGAGGAGCCAGCUGUUUUCACCUAUGAUGAGUACAACAAAGGCUUCCUGGACCAGAUGUCAGGCAGUACUGUUCUCAUGCUGCAAGCCGGUGACAGAGUCUAUGUCCAGGUCCCUGAUGAGGAGAGUAAUGGUAUAUUUGCAGCAGAUAAUGUUCACUGUGCUUUCUCUGGGUUCUUGAUUGCCUCAACGUGA